AUAUGCGCGUGAACGUUGACUUUACAAUAGUUCGAUCAUGGCUUUUUGUGCUUUUUAUUAGUUGAUUUUGCUUCUUAAUUAUUCUUAUCUGCAUGAUAAAUUUUUAAUAAAGAAGUAAACCAGCAGUUUAACUGUGUAUUUCAAUAAAUAGUUUCUUAUUUUUUCAAGAGUAUUAUAAAGUCUUUCAUUUCUAGAAAUAUUAAAAGGGCUAGUGAUCAGACAACAUGGGAGUCCCGAAGUUUUUUAGAUACAUAAGCGAAAGGUAUCCUUGUUUAAGUGAAAAAUUAAAGGAAUACCAGAUACCAGAAUUUGAUAAUUUAUAUUUAGACAUGAAUGGUAUUAUACAUAAUUGUUCGCAUCCUAACGAUGCAGAUGUACAGUUUCGUAUUUCCGAGGAAAAUAUUUUCAAGAAUAUAUUUCAUUAUAUUGAAAUACUAUUCAGAAUGAUUCAGCCACAAAAGGUAUUUUUCAUGGCUGUUGAUGGCGUUGCUCCGAGAGCGAAAAUAAAUCAACAAAGAGGUCGAAGAUUCAGAUCGGCGAAGGAAGCGGAACUUGCUGAAAAGAAGGCCCAAGCAAAGGGCGUUGUUUUGCCAAAUGAAGCAAGAUUUGAUUCAAAUUGUAUCACACCAGGCACACUCUUUAUGGCGAAACUCACAAAACACUUGAAAUACUUUAUAACUUAUAAAAUAUCCACAGACAAACUUUGGCAAAAGUGUAAAAUUAUUUUAAGUGGUUCAGAGGUUCCCGGUGAAGGUGAACACAAAAUCAUGGACUAUAUUAGAUACAUGAAAUCUGAACCGGAUUAUAAUUCAAAUACACGGCAUUGUUUAUAUGGUCUUGAUGCCGAUCUUAUUAUGUUAGGUUUAUGUACGCACGAGCCACAUUUUUCUUUAUUGCGUGAGGAGGUGCUUUUUGGAAAGAAGCAGAAGAAAAUUUUAACACCGGAAGAAACGAAUUUUUGUUUAUUACAUUUGUCGUUAAUGAGAGAAUAUCUUGAACAUGAAUUCUCACCGUUAAAGGCAAAAUUAUCUUUUGAGUUUGAUAUUGAAAAAAUAAUUGAUGACUGGGUAUUGAUGGGAUUUUUGGUUGGGAACGAUUUUAUUCCAAAUCUUCCAAAUUUGCAUAUAGCUCAUGGCGCACUGCCAAUUUUAUAUAACGCAUACAUGGAAGUACUUCCCACCUUGGAAGGCUAUAUUAACGAAGCAGGAACGCUAAAUCUUGAACGAUUUGAAAAAUUUAUGGAAAGACUUAGUCAGUUUGACGUUGAACAGUUUGAAGAAGUUUAUGCUGAUUUGAAGUAUUUUGAAGCUAAAACAGGUAGAAGACCUAAUGAAACAGAGCGACUUAAUUUAAGAAAUGAAGAGGAUUUCGAAGAUUUUGGAGCAGUUGCUUCGAAACCAAUAAGCAAAGAUUUAGCAAACUUAAUCAAAGCGACUGAAGAUUCAUUAUUAUUAGGUUCUUCUGAUGAUGAAGAGAUUUUGGAUGACGAUUCAGACAGUGAAAUUUAUAAAUUAGAGUUCGCUCAACACAAAAGAGAUUAUUAUAUGAAGAAAAUGGAUUAUGACAAUGUUGACGAACAAGUUUUACGAUCACAAGCAGAAGGUUAUGUUCGUGCAAUUCAGUGGAAUUUGCACUAUUAUUACAAUGGUUGUUGUAGUUGGUCGUGGUACUAUCCACAUCAUUAUGCGCCGUAUAUUUCCGAUAUAAAAGACUUUAAGGAUUUUAAAUUAGAGUUCGAUAUGGGAGUACCUUUCUUUCCGUUUCAACAAUUAUUGGCUGUAUUGCCAGCUGCCAGCAGGGAACUACUACCAAAAGCAUUUCAAAGUCUAUUAACUCAAACAGAAUCGCCGAUCAUUGAUUAUUAUCCCCUUGAUUUUAAAACCGAUUUAAAUGGCAAAAAACAAGAAUGGGAAGCUGUCGUUCUAAUUCCAUUUAUUGACGAAAAACAUUUAAUUAAUGCAAUGACGCCUUAUGAUUCGCAAUUGUCAAAUGAGGAAAGGAGAAGAAACACUCAUGGUCCAAUGUGCAUUUUCACUUACACUGAAGAAGACAUGGGAGAGUAUUCAGUACCUGAAUAUUUUCCCACAAUAAAUAGUCAUGCAAAUUGCAAACUCGUUAAUCGAGAAGAAAUUUUAGUUCCUGAGGAUAAACUUGUUAAAGGACUCUAUCCGGGAGUUAAAUUAAGUGUUUAUUUCUCUGGAUUUCCCACUUUGCAACACAUUGCACACACUGCUUCUCUUCAAAAAGCCAAGGUGAAAGUUUUCGAGCAGCCGUCUCGUGGUGAAAACAUGAUUUUGAAAAUCGCGUCAAAAGCAAAACCUGAUUUGGAUAAAGUCGCAAGUGAAAUAUUGGGUAAAUCGAUUUUCGUCGGUUGGCCAAACUUAACGGAGGCCUUGGUUAUUGGUAUUUCGGACGAUAAAUGGAAAAUUCAGUGUGAUCCGCAGGCGAAUCAAAAUAAUUCGAUAAAAGAGCCAGUCGAAGGACCAUUUGUUACACAAAGAAUACUUCAGCAGAAAGCUAUUAUUGAACAUCACAAAGUCCGUAUGGGAAUUGAUAUUGAAAACAUCGAUAUUUUGGUACACGCUCGUCCUAUCGUUGGACGGAAAUACAUUUUUGGAUCUCAGGGAAAAUUGACAUUGGAAAAAGAAUGGAGUGAUUUUGAAUCAUCGUACGCUUAUCAGGUUACAUUAAAGGAUAUAAAUGUUCAUGACAAAAGUUUUGUUCAGUAUUCAAGCGUCACCGAAGUUUUCAAGCCGAAAAGCACUUGUUUCAUGUUGGGACAUCCACAUUACGGAGCUAUGGGCGAGGUGAAUGAUCCUGGUGUGGAUAUAAAAACAGGACGAGUUAAAGUUGCAAUGAGAAUUUUCACCCAACCGAACUUUGAUGACGUUAAACAGAAGCAAAGGGAAACGAGAUUAUUGUUUAUGCAUGGCAGUAAAGCUGCUCAACAUUUGGGUAUUGGCAGUCAUCUUUUGAGUAAAAUAACGGGCACUAUUUUCGUAAUGCCAGGCUCAAUUGAACAGAAUUUGGGAGGUGUGAGACAGAACGUUGGACUGAAUCUGAAAUUCAACAAAAGAAACGAAGAAGUACCGGGAUUUACGAGAAAAGAAAAUGGACAGUGGCUGUAUAGUACAAAGGCUCUUGAGCUUUUAAAAAAUUACAUUGCAAAUUUUCCCGUCUUAUUUGAAAAUUUGGGAAGAAACGCUGGAAGUGAAAUGUACUUUGCUAACGAACUUUUCGGAAAAGAGACUGAUAUGUUGGAAAAAGCAGUUGCUUGGGUAAAGGAGCAACAGGAGAGUUUAAAUAUCGAAAGCCGAGCAUGCGGCACCGAGAGUUUAGAUUCAGAAAUUGUUUUGAGCAUUGAAAACAAAAUAGAUUCGUGUCUCGAAACAAUUGAGAAUUCAUACAAAACAGUAUUUAUGCAAGUAAAACCACACUUGCUGUUCAAACCGAGUUUAAAUUCUGGACAUUUUGCACCCGAUGGCAAAGCCUAUCAUAAAGUUUUUGACAGGAUAAUUACAGUUCGCGAGAGUUUUACAGUCCCGCUUGGUUAUAAGGGUACAAUUGUUGGUGUUCACAAAGGAGAAAAUUUGAUGAGCAACACGUAUGAGACAGUAUUCGACAAACCUUUCGUUGGAGGAAUUGUUAUUCAUGGAUGUUCAAAGAAUCGUGGAUAUAGAUUAUCAGCGAGAGAUUUUAUAAAUCUUUCAUAUGGAAGGAGAGUUGAAUUGGGUAAAUCGGGAAAAAGUGAUGCACCACCAGUUGAAUCGUGGCGAUCGAAUAUUUCAUUAACACCAACACGUGAAAAUACGAGUGCUUUCGUAACAUUCAAUUACAAUCAAUUUCCACCAGCGGGCUUUGCAAAGCACGGUGAAACGAAAUUUCCAUUCUCACGAACCAUGCCGCCAAUGCAGAAUAAACCUAAUGUUGUUGGUGGUGAAUUUAAAGCACAGCAAAUACCAUUCAGCAGUAUGCCACCCCAAGAUGUGAGAAUGAUGAAUAAGAAACCUUCACAACCAAUUCAGAACAAACCGCAACAACAAAAUAGUGUUAAGGAUCCGUCAGAAUUCCAAGCACUUUGGAAUGGAAUGUUACAGAGAAAUAAUCUACCACAAGAACCGUCACUUCCAAUGCCUAAUUUACCAAAACCACCUGCAGAGGGAAAUAAAAAUUCGCAAUUGGAAAUGCAAAAUUGGCCUCAAGAUCCUAGUGCAUUUUUGAAGGCAAUGCUGAAAAUUUCCGACGAAAGUACAAAAAGCAGCACUACGCCUUCAUUGCCCGCAGAGCCGACAACAACAAACAAACCUUUUACGUUUCCGCAACCACCAAACGCACCCAACACAUCAGAAGCUCCGCCGUUGGUACAACGGUUAUUUGAUCGUGCACGAGAAAAUGAGAAGAAACGCGAAGGAAAGUUUUACAGUUCUCAAUUACUUUCAUAUUUCCAACAAAAUUGUAAAGGACUGCCUCAUUAUACAUUCAUAACUAAUGAUCAGAAAAAUCUAGUCUGUGCGCAAAUUUUCCUACCCGACAGGAGAAUAUUUGGUGGUGACUUUUGUCCUACUUAUCCCGAAGCAACUGAAAAUGCCGCCAAGAAAGUUUAUAAGGAAUUGCAGUUGGAUAAAGUGCAGAACACUAGAAUUUUGGCUCCACCACCACAACAAUGGUAUAACACAAGAUUUCCAAUGAACAAUAAUGUUCGACCACCAUUACCACCGCCAAUUCAUCAAAUGAAUCAUCAACCAAUGAGAAAUCCUCCACCACUACCAUUUUAUUCUCCGAUUCCCUGUGGAAAUACGCGACCAUUAAAUCCUCCACAAUGGCCUAAAGUUAAAGAAUAUAGAAAAAAUACACCUUUCGUUCCUUUGCAAGCACAAAAGCAAAAUAGAAAUAUUAAUAAACCGGCGAACGAGAAAUUCCAAAAGGAGUCUUUUAAAGAACCAUCGGAGAAAAAGAGUAAUCAUAAUCUAAAAGAAAAUACUCAGAAGAAACCAAAGGAAGAAAAGACACCUCACGUUAAAGUUGAAGACAAAAAGAAUGUUGCAAAUAAUUCACAAAAAACGCAAAAAUCAGGAAAUCAGAGAAAGUCACGUAUUGCUGCAAAUUUUAGUUCGGCAGCUCUAUCUAAUGGAGGAAACAAACAAUAAAAAAUUUGUUUUCAUCAUCAGGAAAUGUAAAACAUAAAACUACAUAGAACUUAAUGAUAUUAAGCGUAAAGGACGUAUAUUUUAUUACUGAAAUCAAUUUUUCAUAUCUUUAAAGAAAACAAGAACUGAUUUGACGUAAAUUUUUUUGAAAUGCGCUGUACUUAGAUUUUUUUUCCCGCCAUCCGUUUUUUCAAUCAUUUUUACGACAAUUUAAAUUGUUUUUUAAAUUUUUUCGAUUUUAAA